AUCGGCGUCCCUCAGCUGGUUCCCAUCCUACGGAUCCAUUUCCACGGAAGAAACAAAGGAUGCAAAGCAAGUCGAAGAGAAAAGAAACAAGAAAGGAAGUGAUUGAUGCGCGGGAGUCAGCACCUCCUCAAUGACCAUAACAACAACCCAUCAUAUCUACUCUCUCUCUUAGAAGAAUCAUGCACGUCCGUCAGUCAAGCUCUCCAGAUUCACUCCCAAAUCAUCGUCAACGGCAUCCAUCACAACGCUUUCUGCUUGGACAGACUCAUCUCCUUCUUUGCCCUCUCAUCCUCACCCAUUGCCCUCAACCAUUCUCGCCUCCUCUUCUCCCUCAUCAGUCGCCCCCAUCUCUUCUUAUGGAACACCAUGAUCCGUGCCUACUCCCGCAGCCACCAUUCCCCUCACCAGGCUCUCCUCCUCUACAAGUCCAUGUCCCUCUCCCCUAACCACUUUACCUUCCCUUUCUUGAUCAAUGCAUGUGCCAGAUUAUCAACUGCCCGACCGGGUAUGCAGAUUCAUUCCCAUGUAAUACGUUAUGGUUUCGACUCUAAUGUCUUUGUUAGGAAUUCUCUCAUUCACUUUUACUCUUUUAUUGGGGACUUGUAUUCUGCACACAAGCUGUUCUACGAAGGUCCUCACCCAGACCUGGUUUCGUGUAACACCAUGAUGAAUGGCUAUAACCGAGGAGGCCAUCCUGCUAAUGCGUUGGGUCUCUUUGGAGAGAUGCAAGUUCUGGGUUUGAAGCCCGAUGAUUUCACCUUUGUUGCUCUGUUUUCUGCUUGUUCCCUGUUAAACGAUCCGGAAACUGGCAAGCGGAUUCACGCGUUGGUGUAUAAGAACUCGAGUUUCUUUGAUUCUAAUGUUCUGUUGAAGAGUUCACUUGUCAACAUGUACGCCAAGUGUGGGUUUAUGGAAAUGGCAAACAGAGUGUUUUGUAUGGCAGGUGUUAAUACGAGCACCUUCGCUUGGAGUUCUAUGGUAUCUGGUUAUGCCAGGUCUGGGGAAAUUGAGAUUGCUCGUCGACUGUUUGAUGAGAUGCCUGAAAGAGAUGCUGUUUCUUGGACUGCCAUGAUCAGCGGCUAUUCUCAGACAGGACGAUACAGUGAGGCACUGGAGCUCUUUUUCGAAAUGGAGGGUGCAGGUUUAUUACCAGAUGAAGUCACCAUGGUUAGUGUUCUUUCAUCCUGCGCCCAAUUGGGUACUCUUGAUCUCAGCGGAAAGAUUCAUCAAUACAUACAGAAGAGGUCAUUUGAUCAUAAUGUCAUCCUUUGUACAACUAUUGUUGAUACGUAUGCAAAGUGUGGAAGUAUUGAAACGGCACUAGAUGUUUUCUGUGGAGUCCCAGAGGAAUCAAAGACUGUUGCCCUCUUCAAUGCAAUGAUUUCAGGUCUUGCUCAACAUGGACUCGGUAAGAAAGCCAUGUCAGUUUUCGGGGAAAUGCUGCUUGCAGGUUUGAGACCUGAUGAGAUUACGUUUGUCAGCCUACUGUGUGCUUUGAGUCAUAGUGGUCUAAUUGAAGAAGGGAAGACAUUGUUUGAUUCCAUGGUUAAGGAUCAUGGAAUCAAACCUCAAAUCGAACACUAUGGUUGCAUGGUUGAUCUUCUUGGGCGAGGUGGGUUUUUGAAGGAAGCACUUGAUUUUAUUGAGAAAAUGCCGAUUGAGGUCAAUGACCAUGUGAUAUGGGGAUCUCUAUUGAGUGCGUGUAGAAUCCAUGGAGACAUUGAGAUGAGUGAGAUUGUGGGUAAACGACUCCUCCAAUUGGACCCGGACCAUGGGAGUCGCUAUGUCUUGUUGUCUAACAUUUUUGCUGAUGCAAACAGGUGGGAAGAUGCUCGACGAGAGAGGAAACGAAUGGAAGAGAGAGGCAUCCAGAAGCCACCUGGAUUAAGCUAUAUAGAGUUGAAUGGCCAUCUACACCAGUUUUUGGCAAGUGACAUGUCGUGUCCGCAGUCUAAAGAGAUGAGUUCGAUGCUUAAUGAGAUGACAAGACGAUUAAGGUCAGCUGGGCAUGUUCCGAGUACAGUGCAAGUGACAUUCGAUAUAGAUGAAGAGGAGAAGGAAAAUGUUGUUUCUUAUCAUAGUGAGAAGUUGGCCUUAGCAUUUGGAUUAAUCAAUUCAGGUUCUGAGAUGACGAUACGUAUCAUGAAGAACCUUCGGAUAUGUGAAGAUUGUCACUCCUCGUUUAAGCUUCUCUCUAAACUUUUUGGAAGGGAAAUAAUAAUGAGGGAUAGGUUCAGGUUCCAUCAUUUUAAGAGCGGUUCAUGUUCUUGUAUGGAUUAUUGGUGAUAAAUCUUAGCAUUGAUGCUAAACUGCAAGCUGAGGACCCAUGGGUUUGAGCCUGCCCCUUAGUGGUAGACAAAUUGCAUUUCAACAUUGAGGUCUCGGGUUAUCCAUGUUUACUUGUGAACAUUAUAGAAUAUAACGUUAACAAUCCAUUCCAUGUUAAAGACAAACUACUUUACUUUUAA